UUGCAACGCUUGUAUAAUACGCAAAGUUUGUUGCCCGGCACGAAGCUGCAGGUGCGAAUUGUCGUGCACACGUAUUAGCAGUGUUGGCGUUGCGUCAUUUUUUGCAGCAGGUAUCGUCCUUAAAAUUCGAUACAGAGCUUUUACAUGCGCAAUCAGUAAUUUUUAUAAACAAAUUGGGCAUCUACCAGCAGCCAAAAUGAUGAAAAAGUUAUUCCUCUCGAGUCUGUGGUUCUUCGUGGCCCUGUGCUUCGACAUGGAACUGUCGGCGGCCGACGACUGCCGAGCUUGCGUACAGCUCAAUCAGUACACGUUCGACAAGGUCGUGCCCAAGUUCAAAGCGGCCGUGGUGAAAUUCGACGUGGCCUUCCCGUACGGCGAGAAGCACGAGGAGUUCAGCAAGGUCGCCAUCACCAUGAAGGACCAGCUGGAUCUGCUCGUGGCCGAGGUCGGCGUCAAGGACUUCGGCAACAAGGACAACUCCGAGCUGGCCCAGCGCUACAAGGUCAGCAAGGACGACUAUCCGCAGUUGCUGCUGUUCGUCCAGGGCAAGGCCGACCCGGUGCGCUUCGUCGCGGACAAGGACGCCGACUUCACAGCCGACAACAUCAAGCGAUUCGUGCGCAAGAAGACCGGCAUGUACAUCGGACUGCCCGGCUGCGUGGAGAAGCUCGACCGACUCGCCGAGGAGUUCAGAGCCGGUGGCGAGCAAGAGAGACGGGAAAUUCUGAACAAGGCCAAAGUCUUCGAGGAGACGCUGCCCGAGGACUACCGAGCCGCCGCCAAGGUCUACGUCAAAACGAUGGAGAGAAUCCUGGAGCGGGGCGACGUCUUCGUCCAGACGGAGCAAACGAGGAUCGAGGGCCUGCUCAAGGGCAAACUGUCCAAGGACAAGAAACGAUCCAUGGAGGAGAAGAGAAACAUUUUGCAGUCUUUCACGCACAGAGACGAAUUAUAAAUGAAUAUGCAAAACCUAUAUACAAUAGUUGUUCGCGUGCUAUUCCGCAGUGUGAUAUACGAUUCGAGUGCAUUUUUAAACGUUUUGUAAGUAGUUGUUAGUUUUUAACCAAAGCGGGGACUUUUUUGAAGCAAGUUUGUCGUUUGCUCCCCCGCUCCCACAUUCCAUAUAUAGGCUGAGACGCGCACCGAUAAAUAGUUGAACUCGUGAGAAUGAGUGACGAAUUUUUCGAAUUAAAAGUCACACCAAAAAAAAAAGAAGCUCAAAUGUGCAAAUCGCACUGUCGACCGAAUUUCUACAUCAAUUUGUGAUAUAUUUUUGGUAUUCUUAAUGAUAAAAACUUUUUAUCAGUAAUGUAAUGAAAUAUUGACAGUAUUAAAAUACGUAAU